UCAAAAUAUGAUACACAAUAUAUACCUCCCAAAGACUUCUAUUCCAAUAAAAUACAGCAGAGUGAGCUGUGCGUCUUUUGAAAUGUCACAUUCUCCGGCUCAACUUUGCAACGUCAUCUCUCUGCGACUUGUAGCGGCAACCAGAACAAAUAUGGCGCCUUCUCCAGUGAGGAGAAAGGAGCAUAUGGAUGACAAGGCAAAAGAGCGAGGGAAGGAGAAAACAGGUGCCACCAAGGAGGGAACUGAGAGGGGCAGGGAGAAGGAGAAGGGACGCAAGCGACGUAGCUCCACUGGGAGCAACAGGUCCAGCUCCAGUAGCAGCUCUGGCUCCAGCUCCGGUUCUUCCAGCGGCUCCAGUUCCUCCUCUGCCUCAAGCCGCUCCGGGUCUUCCAGCUCCCGAUCUUCUAGCUCAACCAGCUCUGGGUCGCCCAGCCCCAGUCGCCGCCGCCACGACAACCACCGCCGCUCACGGUCCAAAUCCAAGUCAUCAGUGAAAAAGGAUGACAAGGAAAGGCGUAAGAGGAGCCCCAGCCCCCGACCAACCAAGAUGUACCUGGGCCGCCUCACCAGAAACGUUGUCAAGGAACACAUCCAGGAGAUCUUCAGCACCUAUGGCAAAAUCAAGAUGAUUGACAUGCCUGUGGACAGGCUCCGCCCAUACCUGUCGAAGGGCUACGCCUACGUGGAGUUUGAGAAUGCCGAUGAGGCCGAGAAGGCUCUUAAACACAUGGAUGGAGGUCAGAUUGACGGACAGGAGAUCACAGCCACUGCCGUGCUGGCUCCAAGGAUAAUACGCCCGCCCCCUCGCAGGCCCUCCCCCCUUCGCAGGAUGCCCCCACCACCCCCGAUGUGGCGACGCACCCCUCCACGCCUGAGGAGAAGGUCUCGGUCACCACGGAGACGCUCUCCGGUUCGCCGCAGGACUCGUUCACGCUCACCCGGUCGCAGACGCCACCGCUCACGCUCCAGCUCCAAUUCCUCCCGGUAGAGCUGCCUGAAAUCUCUCACCUCACAGCUACUCUCCUCCCUCCUGUCCUUCUCCCACCUUCCCGUUCUCCACUGUAACAGUUUGGCUGUAUCCAAAGUUCUACUUAGCUUCCUUUCCGAGUCCUUCCCUCCAUGUUCACUGAUCUCACAGGACAUUACAGGUGAAAGCAUGACAGCCUUUCUCUCGUCAUAGUGUAUUGUUAUUGGUCUAUAAGCAUCAUGUUGAUUGCUAGGCUCAAUCUGAGGCAAGCUAGCACUGUGUCAAGAGGAGUGAAGUGAGCCCUGCUCUCAAGCUGGGUUUUUUUGUCCUCAACAGCUGAGUUGUGGUUGACACAUUGUGAUUACAGAAUUCUCAUUUAAUUAUUUUGUUUGCACAUAGAUUUGUGUGUUUUGUUUUAAUAUGCAACUGUUACAACUCUUUAGUUGAGCCAGCUUGACAUGUGCUGCCUGAUCUUUUAAUAAAGUUGACUUGUUUUCAUCAGA